GGUACCUGGGUAUUUGUUUUCAGGCUACAACACUAUUUACCUCAGUAUUUAGCCACCAGAAAUGGAAGGUCAGUAGCUGAUAUUUGGAGACCAGUUAGCUAGCUAGGUUCAGAUCUCUUUCUGGUAGCUUCGUAACUUCGACUGAGAUCACGUAUGCUGCUUGGCGUAAAGCAGGCUGAGACCGUAAUAGUAGGUGAUGUUAGUAGGAUAGUUUUACGAUCGUACGGAUGGUCUUCAUUCGGCUGUUGUAGGAAGAUGAGCAUUGCCACACACACAGUCAACUCGGCUAACAACAGCAGCCACGACACUCCUCCUUUCUAAAGAUAAUGCCACUAUAUGUCCUGCAUAAGCUGAAGUCAUCGCAGCGGGACAAGGUUCGGCAGUUCAUGUCGUUCACCCAGGCGGGGGAGAAGACGGCCGUGUACUGCCUCACUCAGAAUGACUGGAAACUAGAGGUUGCUACAGACAACUACUUCCAGAACCCUGAUCUCUACUGUAAGGAGUCAAUGAAAUCCUCUGUGGACAGGAAAAAGUUGGAACACCUCUACAACCGGUACAAAGAUCCCCAGGACGAAAACAAGAUCGGGAUAGACGGCAUUCAGCAGUUUUGCGAUGACCUCUCUCUCGACCCCGCCAGCAUCACGGUGCUGGUCGUGGCAUGGAAGUUCCGGGCCGCCACCCAGUGCGAGUUUAGCAAGAAAGAGUUCAUGGAUGGCAUGUCGGAGCUUGGGUGUGACAGCCCAGAGAAGUUGAAGGCCCUUUUGCCAAGACUGGAACAGGAACUUAAAGACUGUGGAAAGUUUAAGGACUUCUACCAGUUCACUUUUAACUUCGCUAAAAAUCCUGGCCAAAAGGGACUAGAUUUGGAGAUGGCUGUGGCUUACUGGAACCUGGUUCUAACGGGGCGUUUUAAGUUCUUGGACCUAUGGAAUAGAUUCCUGUUGGAACACCAUAAAAGAUCAAUCCCCAAGGACACGUGGAACUUAUUAUUGGACUUUGGAAACAUGAUUUCAGAUGACAUGUCAAAUUAUGAUGAGGAGGGUAAGUUUGGAAGUUAUUGAGGAUGUUACGAAAAUAAGCUAUGUUACAAGAUAUUUUAAUUUAGAAGAGAAAUUAUGCAUACUGUGCCUUGUAAAUAUAAUGUAGUUAUUUAGACGCCUUCAACCAAAGACCUUGAAUAUCCUUACGACAACCAAGAAGUUAUG